CCGCCCAGCCAGAUUCAACCCAACCCCCGUUGCCAAACUCCUUUCCCCCGCCCCAAAUCUUCCUUAUUCCCCCUCCAAGAUGGAGGCGCUGGAGGUUUUGGGGGGCUACCCGACCAAGCCCUUAAACCCAAGAGCCCGAAUGGUCAGGGUUCUACUGAGUAUGACGGUGUGCAUGGGAUGUUUAUUAAUGCUACAUAGUUUUCUCAAAAUCUCCAACUCCAGGAAGCCGCCAGAUUUCUAUUCUUUUGAGGUGAAGGACGCCAAAGGGAGAAGCGUUUCUUUGGAGAGAUACCGAGGCAAAGCGUCUCUGGUUGUCAACGUGGCGAGCCACAGCGAACACACUGAGGAGAACUAUCGCUUCCUGCAGGAGCUGCACCGGGAAUUGGGUACGUCCCAUUUCAACGUCCUGGCUUUUCCCUGCGGCCAGUUCGGGGACACGGAGAUGGGGGCCAGCCGGGACAUCGAGGCCUACGCCAAGAACACCUAUGGCGUCACUUUCACCAUCUUCAGUAAGGUCAAAAUCAUGGGGUCGGAGGCGGAGCCAGCCUUCAAAUUCAUAACAGAUUCCGUGAAGAAGGUUCCGAAGUGGAACUUCUGGAAGUUCCUGGUGAACCCCGAAGGCCAGGUGGUGAGGUUCUGGAAGGCACAGGAGCCCGCCGAGAGCGUGCGUAAGGAGGCCGUAACCAUGGUGCGCCAGAUUAUUCUAAAGAAAAGGACAGAGCUCUGACGAGAUGGUGGGCUCUGAGAUGGCGAGGAGUAAGGACACCUCUGAUGUUUCCAGAGAUUCAGAGUUUGAAUUAAAGGUUAUGAGGUAUUAAUUGAGAUUCAAAGUAAACUCUGUUGUUAGGUGCUGAGUGGUGACUUUAGGCCUAGUGCCUUGUGGGAAAGGAUUUGCCAUUAUUUUCUGAAGAUGAUGAAGACUGAAGAUGAUGACUAUUGCAAUAAGAGAUUCAAGGGUGUGUGUGUGUGUGUGUGUGUGUGUGUGUGUUGUAAUGGCCCUACUGCCAUGAAUAUAAUAAAGUGUUAUGCCACUAAAAGGGUGACACUGAUAUUUCCUGACAACAACCAGGUCCAUAGUGAAUUCCCUGACAACAACCAGGUCCAUAGUGAAUUCCCUGACAACAACCAGGUCCAUAGUGAAUUCCCUGA